AUGGUGUCUUUAGACUUUGUUCAUCUUGAGAAAAGUAGUGGCGGUUACGAGUAUAUCUUGGUUAUAAUGGAUCAUUUUACCCGUUACGCACAAGCCUAUGCAACCCGAAAUAAGUCAGCUAAGACAGUGGCGGAAAAGUUAUAUAAUGACUUUAUUUUGCGUUUCGGUUUUCCAAAAAAACUCCAUCACGAUCAGGGAGGAGAAUUUGAAAAUCACCUCUUCAAACAACUGGAAAAACUGUGUGGUAUUGGACAUUCAAGGACUACCCCGUAUCAUCCGCAAGGUAAUGGUCAAGUGGAACGCUUCAAUCGUACCCUCCUUGCCAUGCUGCGAACCCUACCGGAAACGCAAAAAUCACACUGGAAAGACCACCUCCAGAAAAUGGUACACGCCUAUAAUUGCACGCGUCACGAGUCAACAGGAUUCUCGCCAUUUUAUCUCUUAUUUGGCAGACACCCUCGUCUACCUGUUGAUAUGAUCCUAAACCUGGAGAGCGAGUCAAAUGAGUCACCUACUUAUAGAGAGUAUGUUAACAACUGGAGCGAAGCGAUGUCUGAAGCGUACAAGAUUGCAAACGAAAAGAGUUCACAGAGUAGGGCGAAAGGGAAAAAGCUAUACGACCGCCGCAUCCGUAGUUCGGAGUUACGACCGGCGGAUAGAGUUCUUGUACGAAAUCUGAGUAAACGAGAUAAACCUUGCAAGCUGCGAACUCAUUGGGAAGACAAGAUACAUGUCGUGGUCACUAGGAGAGGGGAAGAUAGCCCAGUCUAUACAGUUAAACCCGAAAGUUCUGAUGGUCCGAGUAGAACUCUUCAUCGUAAUAUGCUGUUACCGUGUAGUUCACUUCCUGUUGAACCGCUGUUGAACCAAAAAAACGCCUCGUCGUCGAAGACAGAAUACAGUUCUUCCCAGCACAAGAUCUACUAG